UUUUGAGUUGGAAUAAGAAUCGGAAGCUGUAGGAAAAGGAUAUUGAAGGAUCACCAUGGCAGGCUGCCAAGUUUUACAGAGAAAUAUCUUGAUUUUUGGUCUCCUCUCUUUAGGGUCCCUGGUCCUGGGUGAACUCCCAUCGGUAAUCGAAGUCCGCGAGAAUCAAGAUGUGAGCCUACCUUGCAAAGCUUUAACAUCUCAACCCAACCCAAAACGGCAGGAGUGGAAGUUCCAGAAAGAUGGCCUCACCCUGCUCUUCUACCACGCCGACAAGUUCACGGCUAAUUACAAGGAUCGGGCCACCUUCACCCCAUACGAGAUCCAGCUCAAGUCGGUGACACGCAAAGAUUCGGGCACCUACAUUUGCGAAGUCCUCGGAGAUUCUUUCGGGGAGUCGGCAGUGAAGCUGAUUGUGCAAGUGCCCGCCACCAAGCCCACCGCCCACGUUCCAUCGGUGGUGACCAUUGGAAACAAGGCGGUCCUGAGGUGUGAGGAGACCGAUGCCAACCCCCGGCCGACUUUCAAGUGGUUCAAGAACAAUGUCCAGAUGCCCCCCGAUCCCAAAACCAGCACCAUCUUCAAGAAUUCGUCCUACACCAUCGACCCGGACACCGGCGUGCUGGUAUGUUCCUCUGUUACUGACUUUAAGAUGUGUUUAUCGUGGGGGGGAGGAGGGGGCUGCAAGCAGGAUGCCCCACUUCCACCCAGUACUCACAAACAAUUGCCGCUCUAGGACGCUGCACUCACU